UCCUCAGUUAUGGAUUUAAUGCUGAAAUUAUCCGAACAAGUGCAAGAGCAAUUGUCAAAUAUGCAGCAGCAGGAGGAGGGCGGAGGAGACGUGCCCUUUCGCUCAGUGUAUACCCUCAAUGGGAAUCCCAUACUACCUCCCUUGAUGACACCUGAGCGACGUCUUGAGAUGCAACAACUUCGUGACGCCGCCGUGGCAAUUGAAAAGCAGCUGGACAAUGAGCUAAAUAAUAAAUAUAAUCAUGGUAAUCGUAAGCGUUGGCUCAACAGUGACUGCUGUCAGUUUGUGGAUGCCAGCACCAGCACGGAUCCCCAACUGCCACAGCAGCCAUUGAUCAUCGCCGGACGCUUGAAGCAGCAGCUGCAAUUCUCCGAGACUCUGAUCUAUGACAACAAUCGCAAUGCAAUCAUUAAGUUUGUUAGACCAGAUCAGAUCAAGUUGAUGCAGCUGCUGCUUGAGGAAUGUCCAGAGAUGAGGGCACAGCUGGCCGUGAUUAUAGAAGCUUGUCCCAAGUUUGCCACGCUAACAAUCAAUUCAAGGGAAGAGCAACCGAAGCCAAAAGCAGCGGAAACGGAAACUGAAACUGAGAUCGAAUCUGAGUUGGAGUUGGAGUCAAAGCCAGAGCCUGCGACUCCAAACGAGUAUCUAGAGAAGGAAACUGAAACUCCAACCAAGGAAGCAACAACUGCGAAGGACAGAGCCCUUAAGGAUCUCAUAGGUGUAGCCCGAAAAUUGAAAGAGAAUAUAAUCCAGACGGAGCGGGAACUGCAACGUUCCUUCACAAGUCCGUAUCUACCCUCGAAAGCCGAGAAGGACAUCGUUUCGUCCUAUUGCUGCGCGAAUCGCAGUGAGCGACUGCAUCCGCAUUUGUGGAAACGCUAUCACUCCUAUCCCUUUGGCAGCAACUGCAAGCCGUCUGAUUGUGCCGCACCCACUUCACCCAAUGCUGACACAUCCAUAUCCAUGGAAGUCAGCAUUCCAAUGGCUGCACCACCGCCCACUCCAAUGGCCACCCCGAGCAGCAAAAUUCAAGUCAAACAGCGCAUGGCACCAGAGGAUCAGCAAGCUCCAGUUGAAACCCAGCUGAAAUCAAAGAUCUCAAGUGAAUCCCAGCAGAAGUUGGUUGGCAGCAAGUCGAGCAAGAAGACUCCACGUGCCUCCAGCUCGGUUAGCUAUGCGGCACAUGCCACAUCCCAUGCCAAAGUCGAGGGAGGCAACAACGAUGGCAACACGCGGAUGAGCAGCACUCAACGUCGCCUCAACUACGAUCCACGUGCCACACUGAAACGUGCCACAACCCUAAAGAAAGCUGCCACAGUCAACACGGUCAACACGGUCAACUCGACUCCAGCCACUGUUCAUGAAUCAUCAAUGAAGCGCAAGAUGAUCGAGGAACUGGAGCAAACACAACGUCAUCGCUUUCAUCAGUUUGUGUCGCAACAGGCGGAAGAGCAACAGCGCAUGCGGGAGGAAUUUCAAUCCCAGCAACAACUUCUGAUGGAUCAAAUGCUGUCCGACAUAAGCAUUUACACCUUUGAUAAAUUCGAGGCGCCUGAUCAACCAGAAUCCGAUUCCAGCUCAAUAACUUCGUUGCCACAAAGUCGCCUCGACUUGGACAGCAACGAAGAUCACAAGUCUGGCAUGUGAUCAAAUAUAAAUAAAUACAAAAAUUUAAAUAAAUAACGUUAAUAAAUAAAUAAAUAAAGAUAUCAACGA